AAGCCCAGUUCACGAACUCUAAUUUUUGUAGAUAAGGCUUUUCUCACCUUCCCCUUUACUGCCAAAAAAGCUAUAUUGGGACUCUGCAAUGUAACAGAUUUUUGGAGCAAAAGAGUGUGUAUAUAUAUGCACCACUUACUUUAAUUCUCUGUCAAAAGGGACUGUCUUUUCUUGGCUGUUUUUUUGUGUAUUAGCCAUCUCUGUAAUGUUCAAACUUCAGAGUCUGUUCAUGGCAAGCUUUCAAGUUAGUUCUUGAAAAGGAGUGGGGAAAAGGGUGCUGAUCAGUUGGAGAAAGCUAUUGCAAUGCAAGUAGCCAUUUCUAAACACAAGCAUUCUAAGAGUAUUUGAUUUUCACAAAUGCAGCUUCCCGUAUACACGAGGAUUUAAAGACCGUGUGGAUCAUUCAGUAGAGGCCUCUAAUCAAUUGAUGUUGGAUAGGGGUGAUACAAAUGACUGUAGUGAGAGCAAGAAGAAGCAGUCACCUAAGGAAGUCCAAAGUUCUUUGAGGCAAGAGAUAACACAGCUCGAGAGAAGAUUACAGCACCAAGUUACAGUUCGAUGUUCUCUAGAGCAAGCAUUGGGAUGUAAAUCUUUCAUCACUCAGACCUCAAUGUCUAAGCCAACCACAGAAGUGAUUAGAGAAAUUGCAGUACUAGAGUUGGAAGUAGUGCGUCUGGAACAGUAUCUUCUCUCGUUAUAUCGUAAAGCAUUUGAUCAACAGAUCUCAUCCUUGUCUCCUCCCACUAGAGAUGAUAAACUAAAAUCUCUUACGAAUACCAAAAUAAGAAGGUGCCUUGAAUUUUCUAAAUCUGAUACUAUAGGGAGAAGGGAAAAUUCCUGUGCUCAACCUGAUAGCAAGUUGCUAUCAAAUCCGUGUAAAGAAACAACUAGCACAACAGAAGACAAAGUUAGAGAAUGUGGGGUCCAUCGAAGUCGUUCCUCAGUAACUCAGCAUUCAGUUCCGUCAAAGAGAGAGGAAAUACCAGGCAAAGCUUUGCGUGCUUGUCAAUCUCAACCUUCAUCUAUGAUGGAGAACAAUGAGAAGUGGAGAAUUGAGAGUUUUACUUUUAUUGGUUCUUUGCAGUAUGCGCAGAAUUCUUCAUCAAAUUUAAUCAGUUUGGCGGAGCAUCUUGGCACUUGUAUUUCUGAUCAUGUUCCAGAGACACCAAAUAAGCUGUCUGAGGACAUGGUAAGGUGCAUGUGCGCCAUAUAUAGCAAACUUGCUGAUCCUUCACUUGCAAAUCCAUGUCUCUCAUCGCCAACCUCAUCCUUGUCAUCGAUGAGUGCCUUUUCUCCGAAAGACAUAUGGAACCCAGGAAUUAGGAAAGAUUCAUCUUUUGAUGUUCGGUUGGACAAUCCUUUUCAUGUGGAAGGGUUGAAGGAGUUCAGUGGACCUUACAGCACAAUGCUUGAAGUACAAUGUAUAUAUAAAGAUAGUCACGGACUAGGUGAUAUUGAACCUUUGUUGCAAAAUUUCAGGUCAAUUGUUUCUCGCCUAGAAGUAAUAGAUCCGCGAAAGUUGAGUCAUGCAGAAAAACUAGCAUUCUGGAUUAACAUACACAACGCAUUGGUGAUGCAUGCUUUUUUAUCUUACGGGAUUCCACAAAAGAAUGUGAAGAGAGUUUUUCUACUCUUGAAGGCUGCCUACAAUGUCGGGGGUCAUGUAGUCAGCGCGAAUGUGAUACAGAGCUCUAUCUUGGGAUGUCGGAUGCCUAGACCAGGACAGUGGCUUCGCUUAUUACUUUCUUCUAGAGGAAAAUUUAAGGCAGGCGAUGAAAGACAAGCCUAUUCUAUUGAACAUCCAGAACCCCUUCUGCACUUUGGACUCUGCUCAGGCAAUCAUUCAGAUCCUGCGGUACGAGUCUAUACACCCAAGAGAGUGUUUCAGGAGCUGGAAGCAGCAAAAGAAGAAUAUAUUAGAGCAACUUUUGGUGUGAAGAAGGAUCAGAAAGUUCUUUUGCCAAAAGUUGUCGAGUCCUUUGCUAAAGAAUCUGGUCUAUGUCCUGCUGGUGUGAUGGAGAUGAUCCAGCAAUCUUUACCUGAAUCUCUUAGGAAAAGCAUAAAGAAGAUUCAGCAGGGAAAUUCUCACAAGAACAUUGAAUGGGUUCCUCAUAAUUUUGCUUUUCGGUACCUAAUCAUGAAGGAGCUGUUGAAGUGACUACUUUUAUUGUGUGUUUUUAGCUUGUUUAUGUGAUUAUAGAGAUUUGAUUAGUACUAAGUCACUUAGACCUCCAACUAGUAGGUUGUAAGUUCGAGUCUCGCUACGGGUAAGUGAAAAUCAAUGUUUAUUCCAUGUGGAAUCAGAGUGGGAAAAGGGGGAAAAAGAGGUUUUUUGUGAGACUUCUCUUUUUCUUUCUUUUCCCUGUCCUAAUAGGAGUUCUUCAGAGGGUACUUAUUUCCUUUUUCUCUCUUCUGUAUAAAUGCAUAAGUUAGAAUGGAGGAAUGACCGGAGAAUGCCUACAAUCUGUGUUUUGUAUGUAACAUCAUCUUUUGGCUUCAUUUUUUAUAAUUCAGAUUAACAUUUGUUGUUGGAUCAA